AUGGCGACCAGCUUCGAUUCUGGCCUCAAUCUUGGCGCAAGUUCCAGCACGACGCAGGCCCAAGGCUUUUCCUUCCGGCUUUUCCGACACCCGGCGGUAGCGAUCUCGCAUGUGGCAUUCCGCUCAUCCGCCAUCCUGUUUUAUAUUUUCUGCGGUGUGUUCACUUCAGACUUCAUCGUGCAGUUCUUGAUCCUGCUGACCCUCUUGUCGAUGGACUUUUGGACGGUCAAGAAUGUCACCGGCCGCUUGAUGGAUCCCACGCUCUACCCGGCGCUCGAUCGCAACUUCUUUUGGCUGGCGCUGUUGGCGGCACCUCUCGUCUGGGGAUUUUUCGUGACGGUCGACUUUAUGACCUUCAAAUGGGAAUGGAUGAUCGUCUCGUUGUUGGGCUUCGCAAUGACCGGCGCCAACCUCUACGGCUACCUGCGCUGUCGAUGGGCCGACACCAACCAGAUGACGAACGCCUUCAGCAAAUGGGCCUUCCUAAACAUGCUGAGGCGCCAGGCUACCCCACCAGCCACCCAACAACCGACCCAGCUCAAUGUC